CCUCCUCAGCCUCCGUGCGCGCGCGGCUCGUUUUUUAAUUUUCAGAAUAAUGCUCGGUCUGUGCUCAGCCUGACACCAGAUCAGAUCUUAACGGGGAGCUUUUACACUGUAGAGACGUGUCCUCCGAGAGGCGGCGAGCAGCAGAUCAGUAUUUUUGUUAUCACCUCCAUCAACACGGAUGUCCAUCUUCAGGGUGAGGAUAUGUACCAAGGCGUGAUGACAACCAACCACGGAACCCAUUCUUAUGAGGCCGGAUUCCUGCACAGCGCCUCUGCGGCCGCCUCCCCGGUCUAUGUUCCCACCACCCGGGUCGUGACCCCCAUGAUCCCGGCGCUGCCGUACCUGCAGACGGCCGGCGCGUCGCAGCAGGGCAGCCCGGCGUCGAGCCACUCCGCCUGGGCGCAGCCGGGCGCAGACUCCUCUUACAACCACUCCCCGGUGUCCUCGCGCUUCACCUUCUCCACCAGCCCGCCUCUGUCUUCCGGGGGGGCCACGGCGGCCUCUUACAGCAGCCCGCUGAACAUCUCCGCCAACGGGAGGGAGCACUACGGCCCCCGGGGCCUCAGCGGCUCCUACCACAGCGCGUACCCCGCCUACAUGAGCCCCAACGUGGGAGGAACGUGGCCGGCGUCCCCCUUCGAUAGUCCGGUCCUGCAUGGUCUGCAAGCCGGAGCCUCUCCAGGAACUACACGGCACCCAAACAUAGAUCUGUUUGAUGACUUUGCUGAGGGGCGAGAAUGUGUGAACUGUGGGGCAAUGUCCACCCCACUGUGGAGGCGAGACGGCACUGGCCACUACCUGUGUAACGCGUGCGGUUUGUACCACAAGAUGAACGGCAUCAACAGGCCUCUGAUCAAACCGCAGAGACGACUGUCUGCCUCGAGGAGAGUGGGUCUGUCCUGCACCAACUGUCACACCACCACCACCACCCUGUGGCGACGAAAUGCAGAAGGAGAGCCGGUCUGCAACGCCUGUGGACUCUACAUGAAACUCCACGGGGUCCCCCGACCCCUGGCUAUGAAAAAAGAAGGUAUCCAGACCCGUAAACGCAAGCCCAAAAACCUGAACAAGUCACAAACUGGACCACCAGGCAGCGAAGGGACUCCAGUGACACCAAACAACACUCCUCGCUCCUCCUCCUCCACCACCUCCACCACAGAGGAGCCUCGGCAGAUAAAGACGGAACCGGAAAACCACAGCUUGUACCACCACAGCACACAUACACAGAUUUCAGCCUUACCAGCCUACAUGGCAGCUCAGGGAGCCAUUCCUCUGAAAAUGUCCCCAGGGGGCCACAGCGGGUCCUCCAGCUCCAAAGCAGAGCCCUGGAACAACCUAAUCCUGGCUUAGGAGACCUCCAGCCCAGCCGCUCUAAAUGCUACCUAUGUACAGCAAACAAACUCUCCAAAGACUGAUGCUGGUUGAGAUGAUCUCACUCUGAUAAACUGUCGUUAUAAUGACUCGGGGCCAAGAUGUGGGACUCACUACACAUAAAGAGUUUUUUGUUUUUUUUUAACCAGUACUGGACAGUCUGAGCAACCAAAAAGAGAACUUUAGUUAUUAUCACAUUUUUCACCAAACUGACGCAGAAGCACCGUAAAACACUAUAAAGUGACAGAAACCAGUGAUAGUUCACAAGUAAACAUCUUUUCAAUGGGAUUGAUACAAUCAGAGAUUUUGCUAAGGAAAUUAUGAACUUAAAAAAAGACAGAAAACACAUCACAGCUGGACAGUUUUAUAUUGACAUCACCCCUGAGGUGUAACAAGUGUUUAUGAAGGGGCAGUUAACUUUUUUUUAUUUUUUAUUAACCGAAUCGCACCAAAACUGAACAAAGAGUUAAAGGGUGUUUUCAAAAGGUUCUCCUAGGGUCAAAGUUUUUCUUGUUUGGAAC